UUAUUGGGAAUGUGUUGUCUAUUUGUCCAGUAAGGGCUCUUAGAGGAGUGCAGAUUAUGCAUUCUUGUUUCAGUGUCUUGAAACAAGCUAAAUAAAUGUUCCUGAAUGAAUGUGCUGUAUAAAUUAAAUUUGCCUGGGCAUUUUUAUUUAAUCCAGGGGGACACUACUGGCUGUAAAUCCCCCAGAGCAGCCGGUUCAGGCACAUUAUCAUCUCUGUAUUCAAGAUGACUGAAGACAACAAGCCUGAUCAGCCAGUUUGUUCCAGUUUUGAAUGACAUGGGGUGUGUUCUGUUGUAGUUUCAGCAAAAGUGAAAGUGAAACUAUCAGACUGAGAGACGGCGUCUGUAAAAUGGAGGCUAAAGCUUUGAUUCCUGAGGACGAGCUCUGUUGCUCUGUAUGUUGUGAUAUUUUUAAAGAGCCUGUUCUCCUGAAAUGCAGCCACAGCUUCUGCGGAGAGUGUCUGAAGCAGUACUGGGAAGAGAAGAGCUCUCGAGAGUGUCCCAUCUGCAGGAGAAAGGCCUCUAUGGGGGAUCCUCCUGUAAACCUGGCCUUAAGAAGCAUUGUGGAGUUCUACUUAAAGCAGAAGACUGAGAGAGAAACUACCAACACGAGUGAUGCUCGCUGCAGUCUUCAUGGGGAGAAACUUCUAUUAUUCUGUGAACAUGACAAAGAGCCUCUCUGUGUCAUCUGUCAGACUUCAAAAAAACACAGAAACCACCCGGUCUGUCCAGUGGAAGAGGCUGUUCUGGAGCUGAAGGAGGAACUGAACCCUGCACUUAAUCUUAUUAAAGAAAAACUGAAGAGGUUUACUGAGGUUGAACAAGAAUGUAAGGAAACAGCAGAACAUAUCAGGAGUCAGGCCCAGCACACAGAGAGGCAGAUAAAGGUAGAGUUUGAGAAGCUCCACCAGUUCCUGCGAGAGGAAGAGGAGGCCAGACUAGCUGCUCUGAGGGAGGAAGAUGAGCAGAAGAGUCAGAUCAUGAAGGAGAAGAUAGAAAACAUCACAGGACAAAUCUCCACUCUUACAGACAAAAUCACAGCUAUAGAGAAGGCCAUGGACACUGAAGACACCUCCUUGUUACAGAGCUACAAGAACAUCAAGGAAAGAGCCCAGUGCACACUGCAGGAUCCAGAGCUGCUCUCAGGGGCACUGAUAGAUGUGGCCAAACACCUGGGCAACCUGAAGUUCAGAGUCUGGGAGAAGAUGCAGGAGAUGGUGCAGUACACUCCUGUGGUGCUGGACCCCAAUACUGUACGUGCCACACUCUCUCUCUCUGAUGAUCUGACCACUGUGAGACACACAGAUACAGACCAGAAAUGUCCUGACAACCCAGAGAGGUUUAAACCCAGUGUGAGUGUGCUGGGAUCUGAGGGGUUUACCUCAGGGACACACAGCUGGGAGGUGAAGGUUGGGAAUAAACCUAGGUGGGAUAUAGGAGUGGUCAAAGAGUCCAUCAGUAGGAAGGGAGAUAUAACAUGCAGCCCAGAGAGAGGAUUGUGGGUGUUAACGCUGAGGAAUGGUGAUAAGUACAAAGCAUCUGGAGUUACUGUCCUCACACUGAAGAGGAAGCCCCAGAGCAUCAGAGUGCAGCUGGACUAUGACAGGGGGGAGGUGUCCUUCUUUGACUCCAGUGACAUGUCACUCAUCUACACUUUUAAAGGCACAUUUACUGAGAGAGUGUUCCCAUUCUUCUCUCCCGGUUUGAAAGAAGAUAAGAAUGAAGGACCCCUGCAAAUAUGCCCAGUGAAAAUCUCUGUGAAAGUGACAUCAAACCAGUGAAGGUAUUUGUUUUAAAAAAGAACAAAGUAGAGAUGUUGUACUUGGAAAGAACUUUUGUUGUUUCUAAUGUGCCUCGGAAUGCCUGGUUGCUGACUUGGGUACUCUGGGGUAGACUUGCUGGAUAUGUGAAUUGAUCAAGGUGAGGUGGUUGAUGGCCUACCAGAACUAAAUGGGAGGCAGACAUACACUCACAUAAAAGUGAUCAUUUGGUUAAUGUAAUCAGCCUCAGUAUGCAUGAAUACUGAUUUGAGACAGACCAGAGGAAGUGCUAAGGGGGAUGUUUUAGUAGUCUGUCAGAAGAGAGCAGACAUGCAUACAGAGGUAACAGUUACUACUUGAUUUCCUGCAACUUCAUUGCUAGAUUUUAUUCUGGAAAAGGGGUACAAAUCUGGUGCUUGAACAACACUGUAUUGUGACUUACCUGCAUUGCUUUUACCUCAUAUUUUUCAUGCUGUACAGGAGACAAUUUUUAUUUAUUAAUAUAAAUUGGUAUUGAUCUAAACUUUUGAACUAAGAAUUUUACUUUUCAAAGGACCAAAUUCCAUCAUACCUAAAGAUUACUAUAGAAGAAAUCCAUGUAUUAUUAUUAAGAAGAAGAAGAAGAAGAAGAAGAAGAAGAAAUCAUUCAUUCAUUCAUUGGGUUUUGUUUUUAUCUAGCUAAUAGGACAAAUCAUUUCAUAUAAUUUUUAUACAUAAAGCAGAUUCUUCUGGUUUAAUCAAAUUCUUUUAUAUCUGAUUUAAUUCCUGGGUGGAUAAGUUAGUGUACAAGCUUGAAAUGGUUGCGUAUCGUGAGCUCUAGUCAGAUUGAUUGCAUCAGUCUCCUGUGCUCUUCACAUUUUACUUUACAGAUGCAGUGAAGAAUAAAUUCACCCUGUCAGCUCCAUGCUGUAGGAUUUACAUCUGAGCCUUCAGUAGCCUCACCUGCACACCUGCCAUUGGUCUCUCAUUCCCUUUCAUUGAAUGUCAGUUAUUACACGACAGUUAUUAGAAUAAUCAACCAUAAUUAAAUAAUUGAUUUACACAAUUUAAUUGAUUUUACAUGAAUGACUUUUUCUAUAAGGCAAUAACAAUUAAAAAAAAUACACUUUAUUAGGUACACCUAUUCAACUGCUCGUUAACACAUAUCUAAUCAGCCAACAUCAAUUAGUUCAGAAACAAUUAUUAUAAAACCUUAAAACUUUCCUUGAAAUUUUCAGUAUUUUAGCUUUUCUGACAGUGCAUAAUCUAAAAGAAACAAAUGUGUAACAGUCAGAAACAGCACGCCAUAAUUAGGUGAAAAAUAGGUUGGUGCUUUUGCCUAAAAAAAUUUU